AUGCCAUCUAGACGAUCCAAGCCCGCUCACAAGGUGACCAAGCGGGCCAGGGCCAUCGAGGCUCCGGUCCCGUCCGCUCAGCCUCAGCCCACGCCCUCAGACGACACAUCACCAGUCUACUUCUGGCGCGAAACCGACCCCUUGACAGGCUACCUCUCACAAUGGUACGCCUGCGCCUUCACCGACGACACCGACCCCACCAUCGUCUACCCAACCGCCGAGCACUACAUGAUGUACCAAAAAGCGCUGCUCUUCUCCGACGCCGCGAUGGCCUCCCAGAUCCUGCAGGCCGAACACCCGCGGCAAGUCAAAGCCCUCGGCCGGCAAGUCGCCAACUUCACGGACCAGACGUGGAACGCGCACCGCGAAGCCAUCGUGCGGCGCGGCAACCGCCUCAAGUUCACGCAGCCCGCGAACCCGGCCGACGGCAAGUGGCGGGUGGCGCUGCCCGGGCGGGAGGCGGAGGAGGGGGCGGGGAGUACCAUCAGGGAGCUGUUGCUGGGGACGGGGGAGAGGGAGAUUGUGGAGGCGAGCCCGAUGGAUCGGGUGUGGGGGAUUGGGUUUGGGGCGGCGAGGGCGGGGAGUGUGAGGGGGAGGUGGGGGUUGAAUUUGUUGGGGAAGGCGUUGAUGGCGGUGAGGGAUGAGUUGAGGAAGGAGGCGGAGGGGGAUGAGGUGGGAAAGGGUAAAGAGGAGGGCGAUGGGAAGGGGGGAGACGAAAGCCGGAAAGAGAGUGAAAAGGAAGGUGGUGAGAGGGGCGGAGACAAGGGCAAAGAUAAUAGUGAAGAUAGCGGCGAGGAGGUUGGUGAGGAGGUUGGUAAGGGGGACGAACAAAAGGCAAAGAGAAGAAAGACAGAAAAGCAGGGUUAG